UAGCCUCUGACGUUAGCUGAACAAGAAGAAAGCUAGCUCGCUUCGCUGCUCACCAAAGUAGCCUGCGCUCGCCUAAAGGACGACCUAAAUAUCACAUAAUUUGAGCGAUUUUACCGAAAAGCAAGGCAUUUUGUGCUCGUAAAGGGUCGCGGUGAGUAUUUUGUUCCCAGCUAUUUUUCAUUUUUCCUUCCUUUUUCUUUUCUUUUUGGAUUUUUUUUUUUUUUUUGUCCGCAGCGAUGCUUUUUUCGAUUUUGCCGAGCUAGACGCUAGUUGCCCUCCUCCUCCUCCUACUCCCCAGAUAAAACAAAAAAAAAGCAAGCACUGUUUGUGGUUUGAACGACAAAGAAGCACUUUUGGAGGCACCCUAGCUGCAGUUUCUUCCAGUUUUGCAAGCUGGCGUAGGUUGAUUUUUGCGGUGGUUGUUCGGGAAACCUGCCAUUUGACUGGACUGAUGUGUUUUUGGCACGCUUUUUAGACGACGACGACCCCUUUUCCUCUACUCACACACACACACACGGUUAGCCCUCGGUAACACGUCUGGUUUGGUAGUUUACACCCCCCCCCCUUCCUGAUUAUCGACCACAUAACGCAGGCUUUCGCCGCUUUACUAUUUUUUGUUUUUUGUGGCUAUUGAGAUGAUUGCUGCACAUUUUUAGCUGCCUGGCUAAUAUUAGCCACGCUAGCCUUAGCCUAGGCUAAGCGCAAGGGUGUGUGUUAUUAUCUCUGGAACCUGGUGAUGGCGCUAUUGGGGCGUGUUUGCAGGGGUGGUUUGGUCUUUUUUUUUUUUUUUUAAAUUGGCUUUGCUUUUAUGGCUCACUAAACAGUCGGUUAUAUUUUUUUUUUUGAACGUUUUUCCCUCCCACGGUGAUGAUGAGGCCAUUUUGAGGACAAGGGGACAUUUUUUCACAACUUUGUAUGGACUACAAGUGGUUUCAGUUUUGUUGCUUACACAAGUUCUAAUUAAUUAAAAGCCUGUUUAACUGAAAGAGUAUGAUGGUGGUUUAUAUUUAUAUCAAGAGAAAAGAAAAACGUCACUCUUUCCUAUUCUUCAGUGGUCCCAAUAAACCAUCAGGGAGAGAUGAAACUGAAAAUCACUUUUAUGGAGACCAAAAUGAGCACGCAAGCAGUUAAGAAUCAAAUUCACAUCCCCAAAGUUAUAUUCUGCAUGUAUUUUUUUUAAAGUGCAGCCCUAUAUGGUGUGCAUAAUAGAAAUUGUGAGCACCUCCUACCAAAAUGAAUUUGAAAGCAUUAAAGACCACACAAGAUACACAUAAAAUGUAGAUAGUGAAAUAUUUAACCAACAGUACUUUUUGUACAGUAGAAAUCAUAAAGAGCCACCAAAAUUAUUCUUCCACCAUGCAAGAUUGCAAAAAAGUUACAAAAUGAUGAAAGAGACUUAUUUACCCUUUUUAUUUAAUUUUUUAAUUUUUUUUUUAACUCAAACACUUUUUAACUCGGUACUUUUUGCAAAUUAGAAAGCAAAUGCUGCAGCUGCCAAAAUAAAUUUAAAUGUACCAGUACUCAAGACUGCAAAAAAUCUACUUAAAAAGAGGACAAUGAUUUACCUGUAUAAUUAAUAGAGUUUAUGCUGAUCUGAUCGGUGUUAUCGGUAUCUGCCGAUAAUUAGCAUUUUAUGCUGAGCCGAUCAAUGACGUCAUCGAUCGGCUCCGCACAAGACAUUUAACUCCGCGUCUUCGUCAUGAAUGAAUCCAAAAUCUAGUUUAUUUUUAGCCUUGUCACGUGUCUUGUUGCACAGUACUGUAACUAUCUGAGGGCCAAUAAAGUUUUUUCCAUCAUGUCGCUGAAAAACGUCAUCGGUGUGGGACUAUUUUGCAGUGUCUCUGACAAACAACAUGUAAGUUAUUUGCAGUCUAUGCACAACUGAAGUACGUCGAUCUCUGGACAACACCCGUCCAUAUAGCUGGGAGAGUAAGAAAGUUAGAGUAAGCAUUUCAUUAACAGUAUUUAUUAAAGUAAUUUAAUUGCAAUAAAGUAAUUUAAUUACAGUAAGUUAGCACCCAUUAUUUCUAUCAUGGAAUGUUGAUUUGACCUAAACUUAUGUCAGUGGCCAAUGCUUGAAUGCACCCUUGAGGUCAUUGGUGUUUUAACGUUUGUCUAAAAUGCUAGAGAAUAAUUUGAGCUGGGACAGGGCUCCAGCACGCCCGCAACCCUUGAGGAUAAACUGUACAGAAAAUGGAUGGUUGGAUACAGUACACAAGUAUAUACAAUAAAUGAACAAGUCGUGUAAAUAAACACAUUGCUCCAUCCUGUGAUCGGAUCGGUUAUCGUUUUUUUUAAACUUGCUGAUCGGUGAUCAGCCCCAUAAAUUCUGAUCGUGUAAAGCCUAAUAAUUAACAAUACUUUUUGCACAUUAAAAAUCACAAAUGGCAUGCAAGAUCACACAAAAAGCACUUGGAAACACAAAAGUGACACAUUUAUAAAUGGGAGCAUUUUCAUACAAACGGAUAAAAUUCACUUAAAAAGACAGCAGUGAUUCUUUUUAACAAUAUUCUGCGCAUGAGUGGGAGCUACCCUCAAUGCACAUCACUUUUUCAUUCCUAUCAGAUACUGAUUAAUAACUUGCAUACAUCCUGGAUUACGUACAAAUAUUUCUCCUGCAGUUAGAGGUACUUGAUGUCAAACAUAUCUCACAUGGUUCCCCACUUCCUUCUAACCACAAUCAUCCACUCAACAUUCUUACCAUCAAACUUCGCAAUAAUUCUCACAGUAACCUGAUUUGUGGGUUUACCCCUGUCUCAUUGUGCUUUUGAUGUUGUAGCUUUCGUGAAAACAUUCCAGUGUAAACGGUCAUUGACGCACAUGGACGAGGAAGUUAUUCAAACUAUAGCUUGAAAUACUUGUAGGGCAGCUUCACUCUGGUUCCUGGUUGACACCCAUGUGACGUUCUUGGGUGUUUGAUGCCAACACGAGCAUCUCGACAAAACAAUGGCCUUUCAGAUUGGUUUUGACAAAGAGAUAAAACAAGACUGGUAUUGACAGAAACAGAUGAAACAUGUUUUUCCAAAUGGUGCUAAUCCAUUGUGGCUAGAUCGUGUCUGACUGGUUGACUUUCAAGUUCUUUCAAAAGAAGUUUUUAGUUUUUGAAAAAUUGCAAACAAAUGUUUCACACAGCCAAGAUAAACCCAGUAAAUGUUUUAAGUUACAUUUGAUCACUGAAUACACAUAGUUUCGCACUGUAUGAUAAAACAAAAAUGAAGUAGUACUAGUCAGUCUUUGAUGAAAUGUAACAGAUGAAAUCAAUAUUUAAUGACUUGAGUUGAUUGCGUUAUACUGAGCAGCCAGCUACUUUUCUGUCAUACAGUAAGUUCUUUUCCCUGUUCUAUGAUUGGGUCCACCCUCUUUCACAAGAAAAACAAAAAAAAGCAACACAAUUGAAAAGUUAAUCCUAUCGUGCCUGUGACAAGCAAUGAUUAAAACUGCAAAGUUUUAUGUUUGAGGCAUAUUUUUCCACAAAAUUCACUUUUCCACCUUUGAGGUUGUCACAUUCUAAACUCAUACACAAGCCAACAAAGCGUGUUUACAAGAUGGUUUUGGAUAUGAAUAGGACACAGAGCCUGUGUGUCUUUUUUCAUUUAUUUUUUCCUCUCUCAACAUGACAUCAACUACAAGUUUUGCAUGCUAAUUACACAGAGUGUUGAUCAUAAAAAAAUUGCAAUUUAUGUUUCCUGACUUGGCAACAUAACGUAAUCAAAAUCAGCUCUCUGGCUGAUGUUAAAGUGGAUCAAGGGGAUCCUUCUACUGCUUUCCAAACAACCCAUCUGUUACAUUCAGAAAAAAGACAUGAACUUGUAUUGUUUUUUUAUUAUAAUCAGAAAGUAAUAUUUUGUCACUACAAUGACAGAUCUCUGCAUAAUGUUCCUGAAUAUUGUCAUUAUAGAAAAGGCAAAAUUAAGGAUAAUUUUAUACCUUUUUAUUUAUUUAAUCAGAAGAAAUUAAGUCUUCCACAAAUAUAAUAAGUCAAGCUCAGACCUACACCAAUGCUUGACUAUCUUAAUUUGGAACAAUGCAAACUUUUUAUUUAUUGUUAAUUUAUCUUCUGUCUGUCUAGGUAACGCAAUUAAGAACAGAUUCUCAUUUGCAAUGCUGACCUUACAGCAGAGUAAGAAAAAGCAAAACAAAAAAAGCAAAUACCUAGACAACUUUUCAUUUAGAAAAAUUACGAAAAUUGCCUAAAUAUUGUCAUUAUAGAAAAGGCAACAUUAAGGAAAGAAAAUAGCAUUUUGCAAAAAAAUGCACUUCAGUUGACCACAGACAUCCACCAAGAUAGGGCAAUCAUCAAAUGCAACAGUGUGCAUAUGCCAGAAUAUUGUCGAGAAAAAUGUAUUUGUAUUUUUAUUUUUUAAAUUUGAAGAAAAUAACGUUUUCCAGCGGAAACAAAACUCAGUUGAGCGUGGACCAAAAAAAGGCCCUUAUGCCACCCCUCCAAAAAUGUAUUUUUAGUCUGUCUAAAAUUUGGAUUCACACAUCAAGUUGGUCCUCACACAUUAAAAGUUCUAGAAAAUGUGCUCUGAUGUCCUAGUACUGGUAAUACUAGCUAGCCCUCCUUGGUGGCUCGUUGUCGGACGCUUGUGUUUGUUUGUUACUAGCCACUCAACACCUCACCACCAACAUUCCUCCUACCUACACUGCACACAGGUAAGAACACUUGUUGCGCCAUAACCCCUGCCAAGCGAGACUGAGGUGUGUGUGGUUGUUGUUUUCUGUCACCUCAGUUAAAAAUCUCACGUGAGAGAGAAAAGAGGGGCGAAAAGGUGAAGGUUCGAGACCCCAGGCCAAAGUGAGCCCCAGCCCACUGUGUCAGACAGAACAGACGACUGCCCUGCACACAGACACUAUGGACCGUUCGCCAAGCACCGCCAGCUUGAUGGCCGCCAGUAAUGUCACCAACAAGACGGACCCGCGCUCGCUCAACUCGCGGGUGUUCAUCGGCAACCUUAACACCCUGCUGGUGACCAAGGCCGACGUGGAGGCUAUCUUCACCAAGUACGGCAAGAUUGUGGGUUGCUCCGUGCACAAGGGCUAUGCCUUUGUGCAGUAUGCCAACGAGCGCAACGCCCGCUCCGCUGUCGCCGGGGAGGAUGGGCGCAUGAUUGUCGGCCAAGUGCUUGAUAUUAACCUUGCAGGAGAGCCCAAACCCCACCGCUCCAAAACCACCAAACGUUCAGCUGGAGACAUGUAUAGCAGUUCGUCCUUCGAACUGGACUAUGACUUCCAGAGAGACUACUACGACAGAAUGUACUCAUACCCGUCCCGCGUACCCGCCCCCCCUCCGCCGCUCUCCCGCGCUGUCAUCCCGUCCAAGCGUCCGCGGGUCAGCCUCAGUAGCGGAGGUGGAGGCGGAGGUGGCGGCGGAGGCGGAGGUGGCGGAGGAGGCGGAGGCGGAGGCGGGGGAAGCAGCAGGCGGACCAAGAGCAGCUUCUCCUCAUCCUCCAAGAGUAGCCAGAGGACUUACUCGUCCAGAGUAAAAGUUGACGAGCUGCAGACCAUCAAGCACGAGUUGACUCAGAUUAAAAGCAAAGUGGAUGACCUCCUGGACAGCCUGGAGCGCAUGGAGAAGGACCACAGCAAGAAGUCUGAGUCCAAAGCCAUUAAGCCUGAGCCUGGCGAGGUGACCUCCCCGCCUCACCCGAGCAACAAGAAGGACGAGGCCCUGAAGCGAGACCGGGACAGCCAGGAGCUCAAUGACAGCGACGAGGAGGAAGAGGAGGAGGAGGAGGACGACGAUGAUGAAGAGGAGGGAGACCUGCUGGAGGAAGAGGAGGAGCUGAAGAGCCAAGAGCGGGAGGAGGAAGAGGAGGAGGAAGGCGAGCAUGUGGAAGGGGAUGACGACGGCGACAGCAUCAACGGCGAAGACGACUCAUAGGCCCCCUGCCUGACCACACCUCACAGCGGCGUGAUUCGACUAGUAGGAACGCAGACUUCAGUUUUAACCCUCAAAAUGUAGAUUCAACAACAAUGACAAAAAAAACAAACAAAAAAAAAAAAAAGACGUGCACGGAAACGAGCAUGGUGUGGACACAAACGCACGCACGCGUGGACACACACACACACACACACACACACACACACACAUGGUUAUUGUGCUCAUUUGUGGCUGCUGUGACAGGAAGACUUUGCUGUGUAGCCUCUUUUUAGCGUGUCCCAACCAGCAAGCUACUCAGUCUUGUUGUUUUUCUUUUUAGAUCUCGUAAACGCGUUUGUUCGCUGCCCUCGUCGUCUUGUCAGUUGCUUUGACCCCCUC